AUGAAUGUGUUCAAUGAAGGGCUAGAGAAAUGCUUAUGGAUGCUAUACAAAGAAGCUGACUCUUUUGGUGCUUCAGCAUCGUUAAUACUGAGGUUGGCUGAAAUGCUCAACUUUGACACUUUUCUUGAUGAAGAUGCAUACACUCAUAUUGUGGGGGAGCCACUUGUUGAUAAUAACAAGGAACGCAUGAAAUUCAAGAGGCUUUCAAUUGCGGGAUCGUUGAUACUUCUCGAUAUAGAUAUCCUUACGGACACGAAAAUUCUUCGUAUUUCGCUUUCUCUGGCAAACCACCAAGGCGAUGCUAAGGUUGGAAAUUAUUAUAAAAUCAUAAAUUCUGGCGACACAAGCCGAAUUGAAGUUAAUUUUUCUCAAAACAACGAAUCCUUCCUUGGCAAGAGUGCGAAUCCCGAAAAGAUACUUUUGUCGAGUUUUGCCGAUGACAAGCUUGGGAAGUUUCCCAGAAACUUAGCCUAUAUGGCUGACUUGGACAAAUCAUCAGGAGCUGGACCCGACCUUUUCUUGUACAUAGACAAGUUGGCAUUGGUUUUGAAAGCCAUUCAUGAGUAUGAAAAAGAAAGAGAUGCAACAUGGGAGCUGCAAAAUGGUUAUGUGGGAAGCGUGGGAAGAGUCGCAUUGAAUAAUGAAACUGAUCUUCUAUUGGGAGUCUUCUUACAUUUUUGGCAAGAUUGGCGAUACAUAAACCAUCAUAAAGCACCAGAAAGUGCGACCCCUGCAUUUGGAAAGAACUACUAUGCUUUGUUGCGUGUCAAACCUUCUACAAGCCUGAACGAAUAUUUGAAUGAUUCUUUAAAAUGGCCGUUGCCAGAUGGAAGCAAGUUGGACCUUGAGUUUGCCAACAAUGAUACUAAGGUGGACGAAGAUUCCUCUCCGUGGAUCCUAUGCCUUGAGUUUAAUGAGUCGAUCCAUCUUCCGCUCCAAAUAGUUGAACUUUUGGAGGCAGUUGUCGCAGAUGAGGGUUCAACAUCGAGCGCAGCUUUCACAGCAUUGAAUAAUCAUGACAGUUUCCACGGUAACAUCAGCCUUGAAAAUGGCACUUUCGUGGAUACUCGUGUUGUUUCAGACCUUCCGUACCGUUUUAUUCCUGCCAAAGUGGUAGAAAUCAAGUCAUUGAAGGUGAUACCGAAAUUGUUGUCACUCGCAAGAACAUUUUUAUUCGUUCAAAACCUUCUAGUGCUGUUCAACGAGGAAUCAUACUCUUGCAUAUCAUCAGCAGCAACUGGGUUGCAAAAUGGAGGAUUAAAUGACGAUGCAAAACAAAAGCUUAUCGAUACAUUACAGCUUCCUAAUGAUAUCACGGAUCAAGAACUCUUGGGACUAAAUGCUGUGACCGACAAUAGUAAUUUUUCCCACCAUAUGCAACCUUCCGAAAACCUUGAUUUGGAAUCUGUCAUGGCUGAAGAUGCUGGAGAGAGUGCUUCAAUCAAAAAAGGCUUGAGUGUGACUUUUGAGGAAAUUGAUCUUACAAGUCUUAGCCUCCAAAUCACUAUCACAGGUUCGAUCGAUGAUGAAGGAAAUACUUUGGAGAAACAAUUCAGUGUACUGAAUGGGAAUGCCUUCUUGUCACAAAAGGGAGGUGAUAUGGAAAUCGACGAUGCCCCAAUGGAAAAGUUCGUGAGAGCAUUGAAUGUUUCUGAGGAUAUCAAACGAAGUUUCAAAUACUUAUUAGAAUGA